AUGAUCAAGUAUCUUUAUUCUUAUCAUAUAUCUAAAUUCCGUAUUGAUGAGCCCACAAAAUUAGUUUUUGAAGAACUUACAUCAACUAAAAAGACAUCAUCAAAUAGAGUCGCAAAGGAACAAUUUAAAUUUGCAAUAGAACAAUUUCAAAGUGCAGUACGCUCUGCUCAUGAUAAACUAAAAGGACUUUCAGGCGGAUGCACUCCUGCUCAACGUUCGUUUCCACUUAAUAAAUCUCCUCACGAACAAACAAAUGAUGCCAAUAAUGAAAAUGCUAUUAUACAGUCAUGCGACUCACAUACAUCUCGUGUUACUAUUGAUAUUGAUGAACCUAUUGAAACACGAUCAAUAACGUCCUGUCAAAACAUCAAUAUUGAAAAUCAGAAAAAAGUACAACAUGCAGAAAAAAACAAUAAUAAAACAAUUGGUAAUGUUGCUGAUGUUAGUAUUUCUUGCCAAGAUCGACCUGCUCAACAUGAUUUAUGGGGUGCUGCUGUAAACACCACUUUUUCAACUGUUCCAAAUCUGUUGGCUGAAAUUCGAGAAAUUCAAGCUCGAUAUAAACAUGAUAGUAUUCUUAAUUCUCACGGCUCUCCAAGAUAUGUACCAAAUGCAUUGCAUACUGCUUUAUAUUGUGUUACGAAUGCUGAUUCAUUUGAAAGUGCAUUGAGACGUGCAAAGAAACUUGAUGACAUCUAUUGUCCAAUACUGGUCGGAAUGCUAGCUGGUGCUCGAUGGGGUAUACCAUCAUCAAUCAUAAAUAUUGUUUAUCAGGAUGUAUUUAAUGAAAUACGUCAAAUAGAAAAAUGUUUUAUGGGUGAAUGGAAAAAACAACCGGUUGUGGUCAAUUGCCUUCCCAAGAGUUGUUUUGCGAUGCCACAGUUACACGCUUGA